AUGCGGACGCCUCUGCUGCUGUUGGCCGCCCUAAGCUGUCUGCGUGCCGGCGCGGGCUCGGAGCCGGAGUCGCUGGAGACGCUGGUGCGGGAGGCGGACCCCGACUCGGCGGAGGAGUCGGCUUUGCUCCGACCCAAGGUGCUGAUCGCCAUCGUGGCUCGCAACGCCGCGCACAGCCUCGCUCAGCACCUGGCCUGCAUCGAGAGGCUCGACUACCCCAAGGAGCGCAUCGCCAUCUGGGCGGCGAGCGACCACAACGUGGACAACACCACGGCCAUGUUGCGAGAAUGGCUGAAGAACGCCCAGCGCGUCUACCAUUACGUGGAGUGGAGACCCAUGGAAGAGCCCAGGUCCUACACGGACGAGUGGGGUCCAAAGCAUUGGCCGGCGUCCAGGUUCAAGCACGUGAUGAAGUUGAGGCAGGCGGCGCUCAAGGCUGCCAGGGAACGGUGGGCCGACUUCAUACUGUUUGUAGACAGCGACAACCUGCUGACCAACCCUCGUACACUCAACUUGCUCAUUGCUGAGAACUUGACUGUGGUCGCCCCAAUGUUGGAGUCCCGCUCUUUGUACUCCAACUUCUGGUGCGGUAUCACCCCUCAGGGCUACUACAAAAGAACCCCGGACUACCAGCCGAUCCGUGAGUGGAAGCGUAUGGGCUGCUUCCCGGUCCCAAUGGUGCACAGCACCUUUCUUUUGGACCUGAGGCGGGAGUCCAGCCGCGAUCUGGCCUUCUACCCGCCUCACCCCGACUACAGCUGGGCUUUCGAUGACAUCAUGGUGUUUGCUUUCUCUGCACGGCAAGCGGGUGUGCAGUUGCACGUGUGCAACAGAGAGCACUACGGCUUCCUUCCCGUUCCCCUCAAGGCGCACCAAACCGUGGAGGACGAGCGCGAGAGUUUCAUCCACACAAUCACGGAGGCCUUGAUUGACCACAAUAUCGAACCAUCUGAGUAUCUGACUUCUCCACCGUCACAGCAGGACACGAUGGGUUUAGAUGAUAUCUUCCUGAUAAACUUAAAGCGUCGGCUGGACAGAAGAAGCCGGAUGUUGAAAACAAUGUCGGCGCUGGGCCUGCGCGCCACGCUAGCGGCGGCGGUGGACGGCAAAGCUUUGAACACGUCGCAGCUGCAGGCGUUAGGAAUAGAAAUGCUGCCCGACUAUAAGGACCCAUACUCGGGUCGGGUUCUGACCAGAGGCGAGAUCGGCUGCUUCCUGAGCCAUCAUUCCAUAUGGAGUCAGGUGGUGGAGCGUGGCCUUCAGAAAGUUCUUGUUCUAGAGGACGACGUGAGAUUCGAGCCUCGCUUUAAACGACGACUUCAGGCAAUCAUGGAUGAAGUAGAGAAAACUCAGCUGGACUGGGACCUCAUCUACGUGGGGCGUAAGCGCAUGCAAGUGCAGCAGCCCGAGCGUUCGGUGGACGGCGUCAACAACCUGGUGGAAGCCGACUACUCGUACUGGACGCUAGGCUACGUGCUAUCGCUACAGGGGGCAAACAAGCUACUGAACGCCAAACCCUUCACUAAAAUGCUGCCAGUUGAUGAGUUUCUGCCUGUGAUGUUCAAUAAACACCCCAACGUUGACUACAUGUCACACUACGAGCCACGGGACCUGCGGGCUUUCUCGGUGGAGCCACUGCUGAUUUACCCCACGCACUACACGGGUGAGCCGGGCUACAUCAGCGACACCGAGACCUCCACCAUCUGGGACGAUGAGGCCGUGGCCACCGACUGGGACCGCCAGCACGCCCGCAAGACCGCCCAGCAGGGCCGCAUUCGAACGGUGGCCCAGAACAGCGUGACAGGGGACUCACCGCCGCCCGCCGCUAGAGCCUCCAGGGACGAACUUUGA